AUGGAGGCCAAGUCCAGAUCAUACGAGCCUGAUUCUAGCGAGUGGCACUGGUGGCUCUUAGUGGCUCUGAUCACUGUUCUUGUUGUUGGAGCUGCGUCGAUAACUAUAUGGAGGAACUUCCAUGAGAUUCAGCGACACAAGUUUCCCACGGUUAGAAGACCUCUAGAUGGUGUUACACAAAGAUAUAGUGAUGCUCUUCACAUUUCUAUGCAAUUCUUUGAUGUUCAAAAAUCCGGGAAGUUAGAAAAUAAUCGGAUAGAAUGGAGAGGAGAUUCGGGGCUAGAGGAUGGAAAAGAAGAGAACCUAGAUCUAUCCAAGGGAUUGUAUGAUGCCGGAGACCUCAUGAAAUUUGGUUUUCCUAUGGCUUUCACGGCCACUAUUCUAGCAUGGUCUAUCCUAGAAUAUGGACAACAUAUGGAAGCAGUUAAAGAACUUAAACAUGCUCAAGAUUCAUUAAAAUGGAUCACUGAUUAUCUCAUCAAUGCACAUCCUUCUGAUAAUGUCCUAUACAUUCAGGUGGGUGAUCCAGAAAUAGACCACAAAUGCUGGGAAAGACCUGAAACUUCAAAGGAAAAAAGGCCAGCAAUCCAAAUAAACAGCUCGUGUCCAGGCUCAGAUGUUGCAGCCGAGACUGCUGCAGCAAUGGCUGCAGCAUCUCUAGUUUUCAAGAACCAGGAUGACGAUUAUUCCAAAAUGCUGCUUAAUCAUGCCCAAAAAUUGUUCAUUUUUGCUAAUAAUUAUCCAGGGGUUUAUAGUAAAAGCAUCCCAUCAAUACAAGACUACUACAACUCUUCUGGAUUUGUAGACGAACUAUUGUGGUCAGCAUCUUGGCUAUACCACGCGACAGGAGACGAAUAUUACAUCAAUUAUGUGACCAUAAUGCACGGAAAUGCGUUUGCUAAUUGGGGUAACCCGACAUGGUUUUCAUGGGAUGAUAAGUUGGCUGGGACACAGGUGUUAUUAUCCAGGGUGAAUUUCUUCAACAGAGAGAAACAGAUAUCAAUUGCAGAAAAUAUGAACCUACAAAUGUAUCGAAGAACUGCUGAGGCUCUUAUGUGUAACAUGUUGUUGCCACCAUCAACCAGCCAGAAAACUAAUGGUGGUUUGAUAUGGUUGAACGAGUGGGAUACGUUACAAUAUUCCAUCGCGACUGCAUUCCUGGCAGUUGUUUUUAGUGACUACAUGUUCACGUCCAAAACGCCAUACAUAUAUUGCAAUGGGAAGUUAUACGAGCCAAUGGAUCUUCGUGACUUUGCUAUUUCACAGGCUGAUUAUGUAUUGGGAAAUAACCCAACUAAUAUGAGCUACCUAGUUGGCUAUGGGCUUAACUACCCUCAAUAUGUGCACCAUCGUGGUGCCUCAAUACCAACUGAUGCAAACACAACUUGUAAGGACGGGUUCAAAUGGCUUAACUCCACAAAACCUAAUCCUAACAUAGCAUUUGGAGCGGUUGUGGGUGGACCGUUCCUCAAUGACACAUACAUUGACUCACGAAAUAACUCAAUGCAAGGUGAACCAACAACUUACAAUAGUGCCUUCUUUGUUGGUCUCAUAUCGGGAUUAGUUACUUCCUCUUCUGUCAUCCGUUCUUUCACAUGA